CCUUUUCCUCCUUGCUUUAGUUUAAAGCUUUUUAGCAGCAUUGGUCUUGGAAGGAUGACGAGGGAGGGCUCAUUUUGUUGUUGGGUUGCAGCAGCAUUUCUGUAUCAAACAAUGCAAUAAACGAAGCCCCCAAGUAGGAUUCAGCUUGAGCUGAUACUACUUGUAGGUGUGUGUGCCUGCCUACUACAGGCAAGGGGAACAGCAGCUGCCUCCAGAAUCAGUGAACAGCAAAAUGUGGCAGCUGGGGAAAAGAAAAAAGUGUGCAUGUUUGUGUGUGAUAAGUGACUUGAAGGCAUGCAUGUCAACCUGUGGCAACCCCAUCAGUGUUGUUGUUUAUGUGAAGUCGAAGGCUUUCAUGGCCGGCAUCCAUAGUUUUUGUGGGUUUUUUGGGCCAUGUUCCAGAAGAGUUUCUUCCUGACAUUUCGCCAACAUCUGUGGCUUGCAUCUUAUGUCUGGACACCAAAAUGGAAGCAAUUGGAAAUGUGGAGACUAAGGGAAGGAAAAUGUGUUGUGCCUUCAAGUUGCCUCUCCGCCUAUGGCAACCCCAUGGAUUUCAUAAGGUUUUCUUAAGCAUGGAAUACUCACAGAUCUAUAUCUGGACACCAAAAUGGAAAUAAUAAGAAAUGUGGAGGCUGGUGAAGGGAAGAAGUUGUAAAUGGAUGCAUUUUGGAAUAAGCUCUCAGGUGGCCUUUCGAAGACUGAAAAUAUUUUUCUUUACUUAAUGCAAGGCUUACCUGACUUCUUUGUUUCUUUGCGUACUGUUAGCUUUGGAUGCAAAGUCUGCUGAAACAUCUUGGGCUGCUCUUUUUUGUGGUGUAGGAGCCUACCCCAUUUCAGCCUCUGGUACCAAAUAUCCACUUCAAAAGGUUACAUUCUCACUCGGCCAACCCUCGUCCUGAUGCUGGAAAGAGGGGAACAGCCCUGCAUGAGCAACAACAAGAAUGGAGCAGCCAACAACCCUCUGAGUGGCAGUAUUGUGGAUGCACAGGCUUUGAAGGAGAACACCAAGUCACCUUCACCCGCAGCCCUAUCUUCCUCACCCACCACGGAGUCCCCCAAGCCAGCCCGUCCUCGCCGCCCGCGGCCUCCGGCUGUGUUACCCUCUGAUCGUCCCUAUCAGUGCAAGGACUGCGGCAAGCGCUUUGUCUACCGUUCCAAACUGGCCACGCACCAAUGGACACACUGCGCCGAGCGCCCGUACAAAUGCCCCGACUGCCCCAAGAGCUUCAGCUACCCGUCCAAGCUGGCCGCCCAUCGUCGCACGCACACUGGCGAGCGCCCAUACCCUUGCACCCUCUGCCCCAAGCGCUUUGGACACCGUUCCAAGCUAGCUGCCCACCAGUGGAUCCAUACGCCGGAGCGGCCCUACAAAUGUGCCGAUUGCCCCAAAAGCUUUUGCUAUCCUUCCAAGUUGGCAGCCCACCGCCGCACGCACACGGGCCAGCGCCCUUACCCUUGCAAUCGCUGCGGGAAGAGCUUUUGUUAUCCCUCCAAGCUGGCAGCCCAUCAGCAGAUCCAUGCGGCGGCCGCAGUGGGCCGCCCUUACCCAUGCAUGCACUGCAGCAAGAGCUUCCGGCAGCUCCGCAACCUCACGCUCCACCAGCGAGUACAUGAGGAUGGGGAAGUGGGGAGUGACUUAUCCCAAAACAAGGGCCACAGCAAUGGUGAGAGGCCUUAGAGCAGAGCUAUUAAGAAUCUGGACAACAUAAGAGCCAAGAGGAGGAAAUUGGAUUAUUUGGACACAUGUUGGUUGUGUUAACUUCAUUGUAAAUAACUGAAUAUAUCAGGGGAGGGAUUUAGGGGUUAUAUAAAGCUGCCCUUCAGUGACCUAUAAUAUCUCAAUCCACAAUGUUUAUGGUCUUACCACUGCCUCCCUGUCCCUUCCCAGUGCCAAUUUGGAGCCCCUGCUCAGUUUCCAAAGGCCAGGCUGUGUAUACCAUGCUGAAAAACAAACCACAGUGUGUGCUAAAAGAACAACAGUUCUUUGCUAAGAAGUGACAUGUUUUGCAACCUGAAUAGGUUAGGCAAACAUGUACAUAUAUGUGGCUUAUUUUAUGUUUGUAUUCUGGUUGUCAUAUAAUUGCAUGAGGCUCAUGUCUCUCUCACUCUUCAUAUGUUAUGUUUAUAAUAGUGGUGCAUGCACCACCAUUAAGGUCAAUGUGGAUGCUCAGAUCUUUGGAUGGCAAGCCUGCAAUUGGGACAGGUGGCCUAUACGUUUGAGACCAGAGUUUGGAAAAAAAUACCUUUGGGGUACUAGUCAUGUUGUGUGGGAAUUCUGGUAGUUAUACUCACCCCCAUAUAAAUUUUCUAAGCUCUGUUUGGGAUCACAAUACUAGAAGGAUCUACACAUGUAUGAGCCUUCCAGAGCAUUUAAGAUGGCACUGAAGGUUCUGCUCUCUGUCUCACUUGGUUUUUAUUACUGCAAACAGUCCAGUGUGUUUUGACCUGGGAAUAUUUUUUAUGGCCUGCUUUAGCAUCUGCUAAAAGGAAAGGGGACAAUACAUUGGUAAUGAGGAUAAUCAAGUUAUGCAAAUACAAAAUAAUACCUUUUUAUUUUUAGAAUCCCUGCAGGUUGAUUUUAAAGUUGUAAAGUAUUAUUUUGUAUCUGUGCAAGUUUACUUUGCUUACUAUCCAUGUUUAAAUGGAGACAGUUUGUGUGUAGUUUGAUGUAAGAUGCAGGUUAAAUGGACAUAUAACUGGUUUUGCAAAUUCUAAUUUGUUUCUUGUUACAAUUGCUUUUACCAAUGUACUGUCCCUUUUUCUUUUAACAGCCCUGAGGCUAGCCAUAUAUAUUUUUUCCAAGGUGAAACACAUUGGGCUAUUUUCAAUAAUAAUUAUCAAUAAUAAAAUCAUAUGUCUUUUCAUCAUCCUGACACCUCUCUCUUUUCUACAUCACAUUCAUAAACAUGUAGCCUCUGGUUUGUAUACCAGUUGUAUUCUGUAACUUAGCAGAUAUUUUGUGACUUUUCACCAGAAUCCUGUGGGUGCCUUGUGUAUUUAUAAGUAGACUUAUGUCUGUGGGCACUAGGAUUGUGCAAGUGUGAAAUGUCUGUGUCCAGUAAAGGGCUGCUGUUAAGUUACUACAUAACAGAGCUGGCAGUGUGCCUGAUGCACAUCAGUGCUGCCCAAAUGUGCAUCAGGCACUCUUGCCACUGUCCCCUUACACAUCUUUGCAAUUCACUAUGUAGCUAGGUGUACGUAAAAUUAUGCAGCAUAACAGGUGGUGUAGGAUUCUGGGUCCUGUUUACAAAUACAAUCAAUUCGGCAGGGAUUCAGCAGACUUCAGGACAUGGGUAGCAUUUUCUUAGACAUGUCUCAUUUGAUAUAAAGUUCCUAGCACAUAUGAUGUUAAAAGGAGAUCUGAAAAUGUGUGUGAUGUCCUGAUAAAAUAUUUGCAGGUGGCAAGUGGGUAUAUCCAUGUUUGGGAUCGCAUUAGAUCCUCAUUAUGUAAUAGUAGGGUAUUUUUGCAGAUUCAUGUGUUGCACACAGGCUGCCAGAAGAGCCUCCCAUUAAGUAACAGUAGGAUAGUUUUGCAGAUUCAUGCAAACAAGCUGCCAGAGUUUUGCUUUCCUUGGCAUGAAAAUCUGACCCUGAACUGCGGGCCAAGUCCUGUAGUCACAUGUAAAAACUGAUGACAUUUAACUGUGUGAUGUUUCAUCAGCCCCAGGGAGCCAGCAUGUGUAUCAAGGCUGGACAUAUGCAUCCAGAUUGUGUGAGUCUCCUUUAUACUGCUGGAUUUCUCUUCUGAGUUGCUUCUGGUCUUUCAAUCUAUUUUUCAUGACAUGGUAUACACAGCUUAAUAGCCUGGUCCUUUAAUUCCUCCUAUGUAGAGGUUACACAGCAUACUUAAAGACAGAGAAGCCCUCUUUGUGUUUCUCUCCACCUUUGGAGUUGUUCUACAAUCUUGGUUUAAAUUUUGGGAUUUCUCUCUCCACUUGUUGCUCGUCUCCAGUUUUCUAAAUGUAUGUCCUAUCUUCUACAAUUUCUGGACUAAUUAUACACUCAGAAAACUUCCAUGUACUUAUCUUUCAAAACUUGCCAAAGUGUCUUCCCCACAACCCAGUGUAGGUUUAGCCCUCUGCACUUCCAGGCAGGCAGUUGAUGUGAAUGAUGGGGGAUUGAUUGGUCCAUGGUUGGUUUGUAGUUGAUACUAAAAGAAAAGUGGGACUCCAUAGGGAGCCUCAUGGUUUUGUCUUAUUUUUCUUGGAACAUUAAUAAAACACAGAAAAGGAAGCA